AUGCCAGCAUCAUCACUGAUUCCAUUACUGCUGAGGACAUCAACUGCCUCACAACUGUGUAUUGCCAACAUCCAAGGUUCACCAGGUGGCCUGGAGGAUGCUGAGAACAAAGCGGCUUUCAUCCUUGGGUUACUGGACGAAAUUCAUCAUGGAUUCAGCCCAGCUCAUUCAAUGCUGAAGGCAGCUCCCAGACCCAACUCACGUGAGGGGAGUGUCAAGGCCUCCUUAGUUAUGUCACUGUACUUGGACUCUUUCAGGUACAAGCUGUCCCACAGUUCCUCUGUGGCCCAGAGGAGUGGCAGUAUAGGAGUCCUCCGCUUCCAAGCAUCUCUUCGGAUACGACAGAAAGGAAAUCACCAGCAUCGAGUGGGACCUACUACCUACCGGGGAGCAAACCUUGAGUGCCUGGGUGCAAAGUUAUCUUUUGGCGCCAAAACUGGUGAAACUAAGUCACCACAUGUAACAUUCACUCAAGAUGAAAUCACUUCCAUCAAAACGGAUAAAAUCAGUUUUCCUGAUGUUGUUUCAAGAAACCAGUCAUUAAAACCUAUCAAUAUCCAAAAUCUCUUUUUUGAUCAUCAUGUAAGAGAAAGAGCGACUACAUUUUUCACACCCCCUAAGAAUAUCUACUGGCACAUUUCAGAUACUGCUACUGGUUCCAUAUUUUUUACAAGUUGUUAUUCAGCUUCUUGUCGAGUUCUUAGGAAUGAAACAAAAAGUUCAAGAAAGUCCAAAACAACCACAAAAAAGGUUUAUGCUGAUAAAAGGCCAGAAGACAUGUUAAUUCUUUCUUCAGAGUUCUCCAGACCUUUAAGUUCUCAUUACUCAGUUAUCACUACCAAACCUAAGGAAGUGUACCCCAAGUACCAACCUUUACCAAAGAUCCCAGGCUAUGCUUAUCAGCACAUCUUGAGAGAUUUAAGUCCAACAGUGCCAUGCCCUGCACCUAGUCCUGCAUCUGUUAAACUAGAAAGACAGCGGCCUGAACAUUUAAAGAACAGCACUACAUUGACACUAAGUGUUACUCAAUUUCCAGGUGUCAUUCCCUUACCAAUGCCAGUUUUACCAAGAAAACCUCAAAGGCAGUCUCUGAUAGAAUCUCAUGUAGCAGAAAAUGAAAAUGUACAAAGUGUCCCAAAGCAAAUCACACCAAGACCAUCUGAAGGUCUUUCAUAUCCCGCAAAAAAAGAAUCAGAAGGACAUGUUUUACAUGGUGAAGGUUUUAAGACUGUUUCAGUAACACAAUAUGAAACAAUAACAGCCAUGACCGACCUGGCCAUAGUAAACUGUCAAAUAUAUGGAAGAAAUGCACUUAAUCUUAAGGGCUUUUUUAUCCUGAAUUGUCCAGACUUAACAUCUUUGGCUUUCCAAUUGAUAUAUCUUAAUUUAUCAUUUAAUGAUAUUUGUUGCUUUCCCACAGAAGUAUUAUGUCUCACACAUUUACAAGUCCUAAAACUGAGAAAUAAUCCCAUCAAAGAAAUUCCUUCUGAAAUUCAACAACUUAAGUUCCUUAGAAUUUUCAACAUUGCCUUUAAUAUGAUUACUGUUCUUCCACCUGGGUUAUUUGCCUUGUCCCGUCUUGAAGAACUUGAUGUUUCCUACAAUGAUCUUACUUUUAUUCCAAAUGAAAUCCAGAAACUCAGGUCACUUGAAAAACUAAAUGUUGAUGGGACUGAACUGAGUUUUUUUCCACAUGGAAUUCUGAAGCUUAACUUGACAAGAAUUCAGUUUGAGAAUAAUUUCACUCAUCCCUGUUUUUGGAAAGAAAAUUCUUUAAAUAAUCCACAACAACUUACUCAAAUUAUUUCUUUGUUUAUUGUCAGAAAUAAUCUACAUAAUCUUUAUGAUGAUGUCCCGGUGGAAGUUCAAAAGUUACUAAAGUGCACAUCCAGAUGUGAAUGGUGUCAUGGUCCCAAGUUUGGUGAAGGUUUUCAUAUCAUCCGAUCCUAUGAUAUUUUUGGAGCAUCACAGCUUCCUGUUAUGUUUCAUGUCUGUUCUUCUUCUUGCUAUAGAGAAAUAAAGGAAAGCAGUUUUAUUUUAGAUGGUAGUCCUGAUAAAAGAAUAUCUCUAAAGUUGGAGUUGACAAAAGAAUGA